CCAAGCAACUGUGUUCCAAUAGACCUUAUUCACGAUACCCGCCAUCUUUGCACGCUUAAGGACUGAUGGCUUCUCAGGGAACCAAGCAAGUAAUAAAAUCUGCUAAUACAAGAAAUCUCGGUAGAGUUUAUUUAUUCUAGACAAAAGGAAAUGAAGAACUUUUUAUCUUGAAGACGCUAAUGGCAAGUUAUUAGUGAAAGUGUUCAUUUUAACUUAAUUUGGAAGCGAUAGCGUUCAGCAUGCAAUGAUGACGUAAAACUUGUUUAAACUCAAACUGUACAUUUUAAAUGACCAUUACAUCGUCGUUUCGCUUUGAUAGAAUAGACAAAUUCCGUCGCGAUUACUCGUAAUGGCAAAUUUUAUUCGUUGUUCGUCCCCUGAGAAAUCACGUGACAUUGCAAAUAUCCCAUCGAUCCUAGGGUGCAUGCAAAGAUGGCGGGUAUCAUAAGGUCUAUUAAAAUGAAAUACAUUUACUCCAAGAUGUGUGAAAACCCGAACAGAGAAGCCAGUACUGGCCAAGUAUUGGCCCAGUCUGCCGCUGCAUUCACAGUAAACAAAGACGGAUCUACCACCAUAUCUUACCGUUCAUAUGCGAAAAGGUAAAUCAUUCUUAUUUAUCUAAAUAACCCGAGGUCAAUAAAGUGUAACUUAAAACAGACCAAUUUCCAUAUAUAAAAAAAAUUCAUGCUUGGCUCCAAAGGCUUGAGGGAGUAAAACAAAAGAAAUGUAUUAUUCAUUACUGAGCCUCAAGCUGAUUUCUUCUGUUUUUUCAUGUGCUUAUUUUGACUAAAACUAAAGUGAAUGGACAUAUGUUUUAAAGUUAUAUACUUGGUACCAAAAAUAUGAAAUAGCAGUUGCUAUAGCAUCUAAAUGGGUUACGGUGAUAUAAAUGAAUAAAGGUUUCUCUCUCUCUCAAAUGACCGACUUGUUUACUUUUGUUUAUUCAAUUUUAUUCUGUACAAUAUUACUAUUUUUUUUUAAUGUUUUAGGGAGGUGCAUAUAAAACUUAAAUGCGAUGACACAAAGUACCCUGGUGAUACCGGAGACGGUGUUGUGGUUCUUCCGCAGCCUGUAAAAGAUUCAUAUCAUUAUGUGCGUUUUCUUGUGUUUAUAAACAUCUAAUCGCUUAAAAGACCAACAUCGAUGUAAUAAAAAAUUCAUACUUGGCUCCGAAGCUUAGGAGAAUAGAACAAAAUUAAAUGUAUUAAUCAUUGCUGAGCCUCAAGAUAUUAUAUUUUGCUUUAUUCUCCCUCUCGAAGCCAUGUAUGACUUCGAGGUUGGUCAGUUAGCCCUCGGCCAUUCAUACUCUCACCGUAGUGUCAAACGCUUGGUAAGAACACUGCCCCCAGCCCCCCUCCCCCUUGCGUUUUUGAUAUGAUGCGAUACUUUGAAAAAUUCCUAUCAUUACGGAUAGACUAGAUGGCCUGUUAGAGUAGUGUAGGAGCUGCUCGAAAGGUCUCUUCUCAUUGGUCGCAAGAAACAAUGACAUGUCAUUCUUCCAAUUGUUUUAGUAUAGUUUGGGGUCAGGGAAAAGCAUCAUUGGUGACUUCUCUUGCAAGUAGCUGCUACAUGACCCGCCUGUUAUGUGGUCUAGAAUAUGAUGAUGUUAGCAUUAUUGGAUAGAUAUGCAACGAGGCGCUGCUGGAGGCCAGUGACGUCAUCCAAAAUAAGCUUUUGUAGAUUUGUCCCUCUUGACACAAUGUGUUUUUGGCUUCCCGAGUGGGGUGGUAUCCACCCCCCCUCACCCCUCCCUUUAGUAAGUAAGAGUGAAACCCACUGUACAACAACCACCCAUUCGACACGACUACCUCGUGAUCACGAAGAAAUGAUCUCUUCCCUGCACUUAAUAAUAACUGUCUCAGAUUAUUCUUAGUUAAUAGGGAGGGAAUGCAAAUGUCCAUUGGGCAAAAUAAGAAAAAACCGGAAUUUUUAUUAACUAAACUUUUUAUAUCAGGAAUGCUACAAGUCUUGAGUUUAUUUUUGAUUUUUAAUGGUUUUUCUGGUUUUCGCAGAAAAUGACGUUUACCUCUAAGUGCGCAUGUGAUGAUGGCUGUGUUACUCCUCCAUCCCCGGUUGAUCCAACAAACCCCGCUGAUCCAACCGUGAAGCCCAAACAUAAAAGACUCAGUAAAGGCAGUAUUAUAUUGAUAACGUAUGUAAUGAAAUCUUAAAAUGCAUCUGUAUAUGUCGUACAGUGUAUAUGUUGCUGCGUGGAUAGUGUACAAGUUAAUUUAAUAGUUCAAUUUUAGGAACGUUUUGAUGAGGAAUAUGUAUGAGGUAUGAUAAGGAAACUAUUUUUUACUUAAAACAUUUGAAAAGUUCCGGUAUGUAAACCUUUAUAUCAUAAGGGGUUAACAAGCUCAGGAAAACAUCUUUCAAUAUAAUGAGUCACGUGCCAUUUUAGUUCGUUUACGGUCUAUUUUCAAUUCCAAGACACGAAGUUUUACUCGUGAAUUUGACAUCACGACACCACCGUGCAGCAUCCAUUUUUUCAAGCCUUACUAUUCAACAAACAAGAAUAGUUUCUUUCCAAUACCCCAUUAAGCCGCUAUUUGUAUGUGCAAUACAGUAAUUCUCAUUGACCCAUAUUUACUAAAUAAACAGAGAACAAAAAUUCUCUGUCGGCCGGAGGUAGAAUGCUUUUCUUUAGCGAGCUAAGGCGCCCAAGAUCAAAGGUCAGAGGGCUCUUAAAGGGGCUAUAACACCUUAAUGGUCAUCCUAUUUUAAAAGCAAAAGCUUGUUUUCGCAUCAAUUAACUUGUUUUUGCAUUCAAACUACUUUCUUUCGUCUGCUGUAAGGGAUGACAACUUUUCAAGUUAGCCCAACUUUCUCAAGUCUUAAGGUGUUUCGAUACAGUUUUUCAGAGGCCAUACCGAUACUUUCCAAUCGCCUUAAAAGUGAGUUUUCCUUGUCUGAUCGCUACAAAAUUUUCACCAGUAAUUGGCUAUAGAAUGAAAUUUGUGGAAAUGUAGUUUUCAGUAAAAUAGAUAUUACUAUGACAACAAUAAACAAAAAACUUAGAAAUUGAUAAAAGAAGAAUUUUGUGUGAUCUAGACCAGCUACUGAAAAUCCAACACUAGGAAAUUAAAGUUUGGUGUUUAACAAGCAAUCUCCAACGCGCAAUAUACAUACCUCCUUGACUAGUUCAUUUUAGUUUGAAUUUAUCACAUCUUUUGAAUGUAAAACAUUGAACGGAUAUAUGUAUUUUCGGCGUUAAUUUGGAAAAAUUAGCAUAACGUCAAAACAGUGAUCAUGAAUGUUGUAGCGCAGAUUUUUGACCGGUUCGUAGGAUAUAUGUUUGUCUUGAAAUCUCAAGGUGUUGCAUUGAAUCAAUCUUAAUGAAAAAUUAAGAGACAUUAUUAUAUACAUUAUGAAGAUUAUGUGAAGAGAUUUCAAAAAAAUUCGUUCCAGUUGUUUCAGAGAUAUACAAAACAGCGCUAAAAGUCCGAAUUUUGAAUGAAGUUGCGCUUAGACAGGUGGUGAGAAAGCGGGUUUUUACUUAGUUUUUAAGAUCGCAAGAACGAAAACACACCAAAAUUUCCUAGCAUCGAAAUAUGAUAUUAAGCAGCAUUCUGACACUACUUAAAAAUAAUUUGAGUCAUUUAUAACGUUUUUAUUAAAAAAAAGUAUCACGGCUAUUGAAUAUUUAAGGUUUGAAAUAUAUUUUCGUUUUAGUCGAAUUCAAACAUACAGAAUUGUUUACUUCUUUCGGUGGUUAUUUGCUAAACACCAAACUUUAAGUUCCUAGUGUUGAAUUUGAGUAGCUGGUCUAGAUCCCGCAAAAUUAUUCGUUUAUCAGUUUCAAAGUUUUUUGUUUAUUGUUGUCAUAGUAAUAUCGAUUUUACUAAAACCUACAUUUUGACAAAUUUCAAUCUAUAGUCAAUCAUUGGUGAAAAUUUUAUAGCGAUCAGGCAAGGAUAAAAUCACUUUUAAAGCGAUUAACAAAUGUCGGUAUGGCCUUGGAAAAACUAUAUCGAAACACCUUAAUGCUAUACCUGCAUAUAUCAUCAAAAUAAUAAUGGUUCGUGCUCCCUGGUGAAGUUUGUUUAAUAUAUUUUUUAUAACUCUACGGUAACAUUUUUUUUAACGUUAAAGCACUAAGUAAUGACUUGAGCACAGAAUUGACUGAAAACCAAGAGAGGAUAAAGGGGACAGAGAAGGCAUCCCUCAUAUACACCUUAUUCCAUAGGUAAUUCGUCUCGAGUUAUUUUUAAGACCACAGAUCCCAAGGGGGAUUAGACAACAGCCAAUCACAUAGCGCGAAUGUGUUCCGCGUGGAUGACCCACGCUCAGAGCCACGCGUCCUUCACGAAUUGACGCAGAACAAAAUGGAAGACGCGGAGAGCGAUAUUGCUAUUCGUUUAGUCGACGAAAACGACUACAGAGAGAUUUCUGCUAAAGCUGUGUCAGCGAAACGGAAAUUAAAAAAGAAUCGCCCUUCCUCCCUUGUAUAGAGCUAACAGUACAGCAGGGAAAUCCUUAACACAGUGAAUAUUCCCUCAGGAUCAUUUAUUACAGUUUGAAGAGAGCAAUUUCUGGUUUGAUAUUUAUUCUUUUAUUAGUCUUUUAUUAUUAAACAAAAAUAACACUUGGUGUCUACUUCCUUUAUUGUACAUGUACAAACGACCGGUCUCAAUAGACCGGCGAAAUUUCUCAUUUUAUUAAAGCACUGAGGUCACGUAAACUUCGAGUUAAACUGAUUUCACAGGUUGUCAAAGAGUCUAGCGACUCCCUUUUCCCAGGUGAGCGCCGACUCAUUUCACGUCAAUAUUCGGGAAUACCCUCGAUCUCUUUACGCUUUCAUUGCCGUUCGCCCGACAUGUUUUCCACGGCGUUUAGUCAUGCGAAACCUCCACGAAACAUCCACGAAGCGCGCGAGAUAAAUUUAUCUUAUGGAAUAGGUUGUGUAUGGGGGAUGCCUUCUCUGUCCCCUUUAUCCUCUCUUGCCUAAAACAUAAUAUCCUGGUGACAAAAUUCCUUUCAAGGCUAGCUGUAAUCAGUCGACUUUUGUUUACACUUGAAAAUUUAUCUAAAAACUUAUAUGUUAAGUUAUUUCUAUGUUAAGUUAUAUUUUCAUCUGCUUUCAGAUUUUUUGUUUUGGUUUUCGUUUACCUUAUUUGUGGAGUUCUCAUUAAGAAGUUUAAAAUGGGAGCAGAAGGGUUAACAGAGAUGGUACCCAAUUAUGCGUUUUGGGCGGAUAUUCCAUCCUUAAUUAAGGUGAGAAGUGAAGUGAAGUCCAAGAAAUUUCUUAAAGUUCCGCGUCUAAAAAAAGCAUCCGAUAUAGUGAAGAAAAAGCCUUAAGGCUGCUCAUGACUAACGGCGGAGUCUAGUGAAAACUCUGUUGGUUACGAUCUAUCUAGUGAAAACUGGGUUGUCGGAGUCGCAAGGAGAAGCGGAAGAACUAAACCAAUCACAAAGCGUGGAACUAGCCCAGUGAUUGGUUGAUCCUUUCGCUUCUGCUUCCGACAAUCUGGUUUUCAAUAGUUCGUAAACGACGGAGUCGUAAAUUGAAACGUUCUGAUUCUUCCGACUCCGUCGCGCUCUGAUUUUUUAUUAUCACAAUGUCAUAAGUGUCACACCGCUUACGAUUCCAACUCCGAUUCCGUUACUAGUGAAAACCAGCCUAGCAGAUAGCUCUUACGCAGCCGGGAAAGGGUUUUUGUUCAAAUCGGCAUAUUAA